AUGUGCGACUUUGAAGAGUACAUCUUUACCUGCGGGCACAACGCCCUCAACCUCAAGGCGUACUGCCACCAGUCGCGCAACCACCCUCGCCACGAGUGCAACAACGUCAAGCGCCUGCGAAACAGCUGGUUCCAGGACCGCCAAUGCAACGUCUGCGCCCGGGCCGAGAACGGCGCCAAUGCGAGCCCUGGGAACGGCGGCGGGGGCGGCGCGCCGGGGCCCGGCAGUCAUCGCAAGGACCCUCGUGGCCCGUUCGUCCGCGAGGCGGGCGAGUACCAUUGGCAAUGA